UGCAGGGUAAGAAACUGUUCAAGGAUUGCAAACUAGAAAAAAACAAUAUUCUUGGAUUCCAACUAAACGUGGAAGAUUGGGUCCUAUGAGUAAUAGCCAUGCAUUUAAAAAGUCGUUUUGUAUAAGGGCACCUGCAAACUGGGAAAAGUCUUACAUGGAAGUUUGGCCCCUUAUCACAGUGCCAAGACAGUAUAUUUGCUUAAGAUGGUGCACUUCUCCUCAAUACCAUGAGUUUUCUUGCUCUUCGUUACAAUUUUUAGUUAUUCGGCCAGCUGGUAUGAAUGUGCUUCUUGGACGUGUCAAAACGUUAUAUGGAAGCCAAACUGUAGCCAUUGAACACGUCGAAGAUAAUAGAUACGCCUUAAUACUUCUUUCAGACCAAGUCGAAUUUAGGUCAUUGAAAGUGAUUGCCAAUCAUCAAUUAUCGGAAUCUACGAACACAUCUAUCGAGUCUGGCUCAACGGUAAAGCCUCUGAAAAAAGUUUCAAGGGAAAAUUCUCUUUUAUCCUCUGGGUUUAUGGAAAAGACACUUCACGACAUUCGAUCUGGUUCGACGUUAGCAAAUGAACAAGAGAACAAAACAACCAGUAAUGACAAAGAUAUCCUGUCCUCUCAUCCUAUCCCAGAUUACGAACAGGAUAAUGUCAACCAUGAAGAACCUGAGGAUAUAAAAGUAUUUCAUUCAGAGGACCCGCUCCCAACUUUGGAGAAUCUAACAGAUUCACUAAGAAAAGGAUAUUUCUAUCAGUUGCUAAUGACUAAAACGCCUGUGGUGUUUUAUGCGAAGCAUUUAGUUGGAAAAUACCGCACGCACGCUUUGGAUUAUUUUAAGAAAACAAAGGAUGAAAGCUUGGUAGAAGAGCUUUUGAAGUUCUUAUCAAGUAUACGUUCGGUAGAAACCUGGAAGGAAAAUUUGCAAAACUGCUUCCAAGAUCAUUUGGACGGAAGAGCAUGGCAUUUGGAGCUCGGCGAUGGGGCAAUGGAAAUUGAGCUUCAUGGAUAUCGCCAGUGGUUACAAAACGUUCUAAACAAGGAUAGUCAUGAAACUGAGAAACCCGAUUUUCUAAAGGAGUUUUCAUAUUUAAAAUCAAAAGAAUACGAAUUGAAAGUACUUAUAAAUUUUGAGGUGCUGUAUCUAUUAUUGAAGAUACACCCAGAAUAUGCUACCCAAAAAUCUUCUCGUGACAAAAUAAAAAAAGUAAAAGCCAAUUCCAAAAAAGAAAAAGAACCGCCGAAUUUGUUUGAAAAGGUUCAGCUUCAACUGGAAUUUGUGUUUGAUGGACUGUGUAUUCGGAGAACAAUUGAGGAAAAACCCCCUAAUUCAACUGAAGAUUUAUUGCUAAAAUUUUGCAAAGAAGGUAUUAUUCCUUUUUAUUCUUCUAAAUUUCCCAAAAUUGCUAGGGUUUUACUGGAGAAAUGUAACGGUUUAUCUUUGUUACCAGACUUUACGAAUCCGCUCACUAAGCACACUUCACGCCGCUCUAAACAUUUAUCUAGGUCAAAUACAGAUUCUUCGUCUUCUUUGAAAAGGUUACGCAGCGAGACACCGGUGUCAUCGUCUUCGUCGCCCGGAGAUACGAAAUCAUCUAACCUUAGACGUCAAGGAAGCUUUUCUAAUACAAAUUUUUCUCUUACACGCUCUGACUCUAGAACAUCGUUUACUGAAAAAGAUUUGAAGAAGCGAACCAACAAUAUGUCCCGGAUUCGAAACAGAGAAGUCGCGCUUCCUUCUUCCGGAUCAUUAGUUCGACAACGAAGCUCUUUCAGUGAACAACCACAGUCAAAUAGUGUUUCGGAAUUGUCGUUUACAGAGAAAUUGUUGUUGGCAAGUUCAGAUCCUAACAAUGCUUUACCGCAAAGACCUUCGGGAGGUAUUGCAAAACAAGAUCUUACUCGAUCAAGGACUCUCAGUUCUUUUGAUAAUCUUUCGGAUUCAGUUCAUACUUCAGACCAGCGAAAGCAAUCCAAUUCUGUUUUAGUUCAGGCAACCCCUCGAAAGAGGACGUCCUUAGUUGCCAGUUUUCAGUCACCGACAGCUACUCACAGGAGAAUGCCUGACGAUUCGCCCACUAAAGUUAUCUCAGAUGAUCCAGUCAUUCAGGAUUCCCCUUCACGAAAUGCUAUGAAACCUAACGUCUUCGUUUGUAUACCUACUACUCCUCGAAAAUUACAUACUAGUAACGACGAGGAUCAGAUAUAAAAAGCAAAAGCAAUUGUUCUAAUGUCUUACCCAUAGUUACAUGUUAUGAUUAAUAAUUAUAUUUUAUAAAUGAUUCAAAUUAUUGCACUUUUACC